AUGUCGACCUCAAAUGGCCCGCUUGAUGAAGUCCUCCAGGACCCUGUGACGCCCCAGGCUAGAGUGGAGAUUGUGCAGCGGUUAUGGCGAGGUGGUAGAGAAGCAUCGUCAAAACCAGCCCCUUUCGCAUGGGAUGCAUACUUUGGAUACUACACUCGGGAGUGUAAUGCAGCCCUCACUGAUGAGGGCGCCCAUCUCUGCUCAAGAACGCAUCGAAGCCUUUUGCAGGUUACGCACCUGCUAGAAGACGCGGCCGACCAAGAGGAAAUCAAGGAAAGGCUACGCCAGAUGCUCACAACGCAGAGGACAAGCGCAGACGAGAAGAAGAUGUUAGACGGUUCUCUGAAGUUAGCAACUCGCAUAUUUGCGAUGAUCAGCAUCGGUCCGCUUUCAUCCGAGAUAUCCGCGAAGCAUUCCCUGCCCUGGGCCCAAGGCGCAUUCACGGAUGCCGUGCAUGAAUACUUCAAUCAGCCUCCAGAUAUCGAACUGGAUCCCAAGGAGGAUGUUGUCAGUGCAGAUCUCAUAUGCCACAACAUUGAGCGAAUGUCAGGUAUUGAGGUGCUUUGGACCGAUAAUUUGCUCGAUCAUUUGCGCCUCGUCGAAGGAGACAAGAAGCUUUGUGUCUUCCAUCAUGCGUCGUUCUUGAGAAAGAUGAUGGCCAUUGAGAGUCCAAUCUUCCCAGGCGGUCUUAUCGAAGAAACGCUAGAUACGCUGGCUCUGCUGUUCCCAGAGUCGGAUCGCAAAACGAAACGGUGGCUAUCAAUGAAAGGCCGAGCAAACUCAGCGCAGAUGCCGAUAGAUAGCACAUUGGGAAAAUGUGGUCGCUAUCGACCUGGGCAUCCAUCCAGGCGCCUGGAGCGAUUCCAGUUCUGGCGUGAUCGGUUGGUCUUACUGGGGGAAGCAGUCGAGGAAGCCACGCCAACGUCCAAGGCGUUGCUAAAAGCCCUGUCAGACAGCAAGAAAGGCGAUCACUGGCUCAACUCCUGGAUAGCGAUUGUGGCGAUAGGUCUUACCCUCUUCUUCGGUCUGGUGCAAAGCAUUGAGGGUGCCAUACAGGUAUACAAGGCGUAUCAUCCGCAGGCAGAGUCGGCAUAG